AUGUCAAUGAUAAUGAAUACUACAACUCUUAUUCCAUUAUCUGAAAUGUCGUCGUCCGCGGUAAAAGUUCAAUUUAAUGAUAGUGCAAUUCGUAGGGAAAUUAUGUUAUUCAUAUUCGAAGUCAAUUUUUGGAUAAGAAUUACUGAUGUCUGUAUAGCAAUUUGUGGUAUAAUCGGUAAUUUAUUAGCGUUAAUCGUCAUUAAUCGUCGAUCCCUAAGAGAUACAUCAUCGUCCGUGUUCAUCACUUAUUUAGCCAUAUUUGAUAUCUGUGUAUUGAGUGUACAUGUAAUUAAUAUUGGAAUAUCAGAUAUGCUUAAUUUAAUUCUACACUGCCUUCUUGCUUACUUAGCAGAUUUAUUUACGUUUUGUAGUGUUUGGAUAAUGGUCAUCGUCACACUAGAACGUUGUGUGGCUGUUCAUUCACCAUUUCUAGCAAAACGUUUUUGUACGGUGCAACGUGCUCGUUAUAAUGUUUAUGCUUUAAUAAUUCUCGCAUUUGUUUUUUUCUCUUCAACAUUCCCGAUUAUUUAUAUAGCGGAUUUUAUGCAUAAAAAAUGUAUAAUUCGUGCAAAAUCACAAAAAAUGAUUCGUUAUGUUAAACCGAUAAUAUUCUAUUGUAUUCCUGAUGUUUUACUUUUAGCAAAUUUGUUUGUCAUCUAUGAAUUAUGGCUAGCAUCAAGAAUGAGAAAAAAAACAUUAAUAAAUCCAGAAGCUUCAAUUAAUUUACAUGCUGCUAAUUUUAAUCGAAAACAAACACAAUUGACACUUAUGUUAGUCAGUGUAUCAAUAAGUUUCUACAUAUUUACUACACCGGCAAUUAUCGAUUAUAUUCUACAAAUGAAUCCACCAAAACGUCCUGAUGUUAAAAAAUUAAAAUCACGUUUUUUAAGAACUAAUUUAACAACAUUACUAUUACAAUUGAAUAGUGCAACAAAUUUUAUAUUCUAUUGUUUAGCUGGUAAAAAAUUUCGUACAGCAUGCAUAGAAACAAUUAAAGAGUCAUAUGAACAUCUAGUCUAUGUAUGGUAUCGAUACAUCAUGAAUAGAAAAAAUUAUGAGAAAAAACAUCGAUAUGAUAUGCGUUUGAGUGGCGGCUAUUUAUCACCAGGUCCAUUAGGUGAAAAUGACAUUAAAAUGGGAGACGGUGGAAGACGACGAACACAAUCGACAUCAGUUGUACUGCAUAAUUAUAACACUGCAUCGAAAAGAGCAAGUAAUGAAACAAUUCUCAGUUCAAAUUUAUAUAGUAGAAAACAGUCAAGAGUGUAG